AAUUUAAUAAAUAAAAAUUUCCUUUCUUUCUUUUUUCUUUCCUUUCCUUUUUUUUUUUUCUCCUUCUCCUUCCUUUUCUCUUUCCCCUCCCUACUGGGUUCGAAGGAACCCAGCACCGAUGCCUAGGUUCCUCGAACCUAGGCGCGGGUUCCUCGAACCCAGGCGCGGGUUCCUCGAACCCAGGCGCGGGUUCCUCGAACCCAGGCGCGGGUUCCUCGAACUCAAGUGCUGGGUUCCUUCAAACCCAGCACGCCUGGGUUCGAUGGAACCUAGCGCUUGGGUUCAACCCAAUACGCUUGGGUUCCGAUCCCAGAGCCUAGAGUUUUGUGUGGCUUCUGAUUGCUUGAAUUUCAAGAUCUAGUUAUUGUUGGUGUUGAUUGAAGGGAUGUUGUGUUUUUUACAUUUUUCUUUACAGAUCCGGUAUACAUUUGCAGAGGAAUUGAUUUUUUGAAUCUGAUCUAUUGGUCAUUAUUAUUGUGUGAGGAACUAGAUUUGGGUUCUAUUAGAGAGGAGGUUUGGGGAAGAAGUAGAUGGUGAUUGGAGUGGUAAUAGAUGAUCGGAGCAAUG